CAGAGAUGAUGAGGGCACUGGGGUAUCCCCGACUCAUAUCCAUGGAGAACUUCCGUACCCCAAACUUCAUGCUUGUUUCCGAAGUGCUUCUCUGGCUCGUGAAAAGGUACGAACCUCAGACUGAUAUUCCUCCUGAUGUGGAGACAGAACAGGACCGGGUUUUCUUCAUUAAAGCAGUGGCUCAGUUCAUGGCUACCAAAGCUCACAUAAAGCUCGACACUAAGAAGCUUUACCAGGCAGAUGGCUACGCGGUGAAGGAACUGCUAAAGAUCACCUCUGUGCUUUAUGGUGCUAUGAAUACCAAGGGAGUGGAACGCGCAGACCUGAGCGAGGAAGACAGCAGCAAGUUCAAGUUUGAUCUUGGCUCAAAAAUUGCUGACUUGAAGGCAGCUAGACAGCUUGCUUCCGAAAUCACCUCCAAAGGAGCGAGUCUGUGUGACUUACUUGGCAAAGAAGUUGAAUUGAGGGAAGCAAGAACAGAAUCUAUUGCCAGACCUUUGGAGAUCAAUGAGGCUGAGAAGAUGAUGAAAGUUGCCAUUGACUGUGUUCUGGAACAAGUCCAAAAGACUAAAGACAUGUUGAAUAAUGUGGCUUUGGAUGAAGCCAAUUUGGAAGCCAAGAUUGAAAAACGAAAAUUGGAACUGGAAAGAAGUCAGAAGAGGCUACAGACGCUACAGAGUGUUCGGCCUGCUUUUAUGGAUGAGUAUGAGAAGAUUGAGGAGCAACUGCAGAAACAAUACAGUAUUUAUAUAGAAAAAUUCCAUAAUCUGACCUACAUGGAGCAACUCCUGGAUGAUCAUCGUAGGACAGAGCAAGAGAUGUUUGAGGAAACAGCAAACAUGCUACGUCUUACGCAGAACAGGCUGAAGGAAGAGGAACAGCACCUGCUUAAGAGUGGAAAUAACGAUGAUUCUGACGUAGAGAUUCAAGAGGAUGUAGGAUCCGAUAGCGAAGUAGAAGACAGGCGGAUCAUGAAGCAGCGCGCCACCACAGAAACACUUCUGCAAGGAAGAGCUGGCGCCCGGAUUGUGGGGACAAUGCAAGGUGGAGACACAGAGGAAGAUGAGGACUCGGGGGAUAGUGAGAUUGACCUGGAUGAAGAUGAAGAGGAGGAGGAGGAGGAGGAUCUGGAAGAUGACAGUAUGGAAAUCUCCCCGAGCAAAUCCAGUCACCGAGCAAGGAAGCCAGAGCCGCUAGAGGAGAGUGAUAAUGACUUCUGACCACUUAGUAGCGGGACCAGGAGGCAUCUGGAAAUAUAAACUUUGGAGAACAUGCAGGCCAGGAGCUAAUAUCCCGCCAUUUGAAAAGUGCUUGUCAGCACGAAUUCAAGAGUUGGUAAAUAAUGUUCAUUAAACUUGAAAAUUAAACUUGGAUUGCCAGGCUUGUGACUCUCAAAGCGUGAGCAGUUUAUCCGUAAUGAGAAUCACAGUAAUGUGGAGUGUGGUUAUUUCCAGAAUUGCAUUAGAACUGGCCCUCAUGCGCUCCAGUGCCAAAAGUCGCACUCCAGCGAGUAUCGUGUGCUUGAUUUCCCUGCAUUUUAUUAUGUCCAAACGGAUUUUUUUGGCUUAAUAAAACUGGAUGAAAAGCUG